GCAAGGCAUACCCAAGAACCAGAAACUCUAGAAUCUAGUUCCACACUUCCUUUUAAAAAAGAUGUCAUCAUCUCUUCUUCCUCUCCGCAACCUCACCACCACCACCACCCUACCACCAUCACCACUCCUCCUCCAUUUCCUCCCUGCACCCCCCCUCAUUCCCUCAUUCACUCCCCCUUCAUUCCAAUCCCAAGCCAUGGCCUCCUUCUCUUCAUCAUCUUCACCCUCUCCUUCCACAUCAUCAUCUUCAUCUCAAAACAACAACCUCGACGAACACGAACACAAAUUGUCCCACGUGCUCAAAUACCACAACCAAACCAAGCACAGCUUCACCAACUACGCCCGCGGGCCCCACAACCUGGACUGGGCCAACCAGCCCAACCCAUUCCGCAGGUAUCUCUCUUCCCCUCUCCUCCCUCUUCUCCAUUCAGAACCAAACCCACAAACCCUAACCCUAACACCCCUUUACCACUCCCUCUUCCUCUCCCUCCCCUCUCCGCACCCCCCCGUUUCCAAAUCCACCCUCUCCCAGCUCCUCUUCGACUCCCUCUCCCUCUCCGCGUGGAAAUCCACGGGCUUCUCCACCUGGUCCCUUAGGGUUAAUCCCAGCAGCGGCAACCUGCACCCCACCGAGGCCUACGUCGUUGCACCACCCAUACCCGGUGUGUCCGAUUCCGCUUUUGUCGCUCAUUAUGCCCCAAAGGAGCAUUCUUUGGAGCUCAGAGCUGAAAUCCCAUCUGGGUUUUUCCCCAAGUUUUUUCCUCCCAAUUCGUUCCUUGUUGGGUUGUCCUCUGUUUUCUGGCGCGAGGCUUGGAAGUACGGGGAACGUGCCUUCAGGUACUGUAACCAUGAUGUUGGUCACGCCAUUGGUGCGGUUGCCAUGGCUGCUGCGGGUCUUGGUUGGGAUGUGAAGGUUCUGGACUCUCUAGGGUGUGAGGAGUUGAAGAGUCUCAUGGGGCUUCAUGUUUUCCCUGAGUUUGAGAUUCCGUCUCGUGCUGUUAGAGGGAAGAUUCCAGAGAUUGAGUUUGAGCAUCCUGAUUGUGUGAUGCUGGUUUAUCCAAGUGGGGUUGGUGGGUUUGAUGUGAAUUGGAAGGAGUUAAGUGAAGCUAUAUUGGGAUUUGAUAAGUUGGACUGGAAAGGGAAGCCUAAUUCCCUUAGCAAAGAGCAUGUGUGUUGGGAAGUUAUUUAUAGGACUGCUGAGGCUGUGAAGAAGCCUUUGACAUUGGGGGAAAGAUUCUUGGUUGAGCCAUUUCAGAGGAGUGGUGUUUGUGGGGAGAGUGCGUAUAAGGGAUUGACUGUGAGGGAAGUUGUUAGGAAGCGUAGGAGUGCUGUUGAUAUGGAUGGAGUUACUGAAAUUGAGAGAGAUGCCUUUUAUCAGAUUCUGUUGCAUUGUCUUCCUUCAGGUUGCCAGGGUGGAGGGAGGCAAGGGAGGGAGCUGGCAUUGCCAUUCCGAGCACUUCCAUGGGAUGCUGAGGUUCAUGCUGCUUUGUUUGUGCAUAGAGUGGUGGGGUUGCCCCAAGGAUUGUAUUUUCUAGUCAGGAAUGAAGAUCAUUUUGAUAAAUUGAAGAAAGCUAUGCUUCCUGACUUUUUGUGGACCAAACCUGAGGGCUGCCCUGAUGAUCUUCCUUUGUAUGAACUACUUAGAUUGGAUUGCCGGCAACUUUCCAAGCAGCUUUCAUGCCACCAGGACAUUGCAAGUGAUGGUUGCUUCAGCCUUGGUAUGUUGGCCCGUAUGGAACCUACUUUGCGCGAGAAGAAUGUCUGGAUGUAUCCACGUUUAUUUUGGGAGACUGGAGUUCUUGGACAGGUGCUGUACCUUGAAGCACAUGCUAUUGGAAUCUCAGCAACUGGAAUUGGUUGUUUCUUUGAUAACCCCGUUCAUCAGUUGCUUGGGUUAAAAGGGUCAACAUUCCAGAGCCUCUAUCAUUUUACCGUUGGAGGUCCUGUCUUAGACAAGCGUAUAAUGAGUUUACCAGCAUAUCCAGGCCCUGAUGUUGAUGCUUAAAGCUGCUCUAUGACUUCAAAUUGCCAUUCAAUGUUUAGGGAAAGUUAUACAAUAAAGGGCCUCAGAUGAAUCUCUAAAACAGUUUUUAAAUUGUUAUAUACCCUUUGUAUAUGUGAAUUGCUCUGCGUAGGUAAAAACUUGUCUGCACACACAACUACACAUUUGAUCAUUUUUAUAUGACCUUAGUAACAAACUACCUUGUAUAGUGAAUGUCUAAUAGUUAUCACAGUAAUAAAUCUAGAUAGAGUAAAUGGUAAAUCAUAGAGCUGUAUAGUUUAGCUUUAGGGAUUCGUUUCUUAGUUUGUUGCAUUCUCUGGAUUUUCUCUCAUAGUGAUGAUGACAUUUUCCGUGAAAAUGUCUUUAUUUUUUUGUUGCUUGGUGUAAA